AAAAAUGACGAGAUUAUUGCAUAAUUUGGACACUGUACGCUCACCAAUCAUACAACAUUCCCAGAAACAGCAUAUCCUUCAAAGAAAUACCCACUUCAUCUUCAUCAUAAACUUCGAUUUCCUCCUUCAUUCAAUCGUCGAUCCAUUCGAACUCCAACAAUGUCGCUUAACCCAGCUAACGAGCUACAAAAAUUAUUCGUAAUCAAUGAUCAAAGCGAAAAGCUGGUUGGGCUGUUACAUGAUACAGGGUCCAAAGAGGUUGUGAUCCUCUGCCACGGGUUCACGGGUCGUAAGGAGAACAAAAACAUGGUAAACAUCUCUGGUGCAUUGGAGAAGGAAGGAAUAAGUGCCUAUCGGUUUGAUUUUUCUGGAAAUGGAGAAAGCGAUGGUACAUUUGCCUACGGAAACUACAUGAAAGAGGUGGAAGAUAUACGUGCUGUUGUCAAGCAUUUCAAUGGGGUGAACCGUAGUGUGAGUGCAAUUGUAGGCCAUAGUAAAGGAGGUGAUGUUGUCUUACUAUAUGCUUCAAAGUAUCAUGAUAUCCGCACGGUUGUCAAUCUGUCUGGGCGUUAUGACUUAAAGAAAGGCAUAGCAGAACGUUUGGGUGAAGACUUCAUGGAGACUAUUGAAAAGAAUGGAUACAUGGAUGUGGAGUGUCAAAAUACAGGAAAUGUAUUGUAUCGUGUGACCAAGGAAAGUUUGAUGGAGCGCUUGAAUACAGAUAUGCAUGAGGCAGCCCUUAAGAUUGACAAAAAUUGCAGGGUGUUGACUGUUCAUGGAACAGCUGAUGAAAUCAUUCCCGUUGAGGAUGCAUAUGAGUUCUCUAAGAUAAUGCCAAACCACAAAUUGCACAUUAUUGAAGGGGCAAAUCAUUCUUUCACUGAACACCAAGAUGAACUAGUCCCAGUCGUCAUUGACUUCAUUAAGUCAUGCAUGCAUCAAGACAAAGAAACCUCUGGCUAAGUUUACAUCAGCAGACUAUUUGUUCUUACAGAAUUCCUGGAUCAAGGAUCAGGGGUUUUUAAUAUAUGCAAAUAGCUCAAGAUCUUUUUGUUAAGAGCUAUGGUCUUGAUAUUCACGAUAAUUGCUCAAUGUUGUGUACAAUGUACAUUCACCCAAAAAGUUUAAAAUUGUCGAACAGUUUAUAUUAGCUGCUCCCAACAGCGCUUUAUGGUAUACUUUUGUUGCCAAAAUCUAUGAUAGCACAUAACAACCAUCUAGGCUUUAGUGUGGGAGCUUUUGGGGAAAUUGUAGUUUUAAUAAAUGGUCCUCCAUAAUUUUCUUCACAUUUUGGAAACUCGCCUACACUUUGUAGUUUACCCUAA